ACUAUGUCUGUAAGGGAGACAGUUGGCAGCCCAGCCACUUGUAAUGACAAUAAACUGUUCUCAUCUUCCCUCAGCUCCCGGUUGCUAUGGAGAGUGACGUCAGAACCCGGAAGUGUGUAGAGAACUUCCUUUCCGCUUCAGCCCGUGUGCGAGGCAAGGAGAUGAUUUUCUCUCUCGUUCCACCCAGGGGAUGUUUUAUUCACAAGAGUAAGAAUUUUGGAACUAUGCAAUUGUUUAUCUUUACAUAGUUUUUAUUCUUUCUGUCCCUCCUUACGGCUUGGUCAUGUCGGACCUGCUUUUAAAUCUGGGUGUGGAUUCCAGCCCUCCUUCCGGGCGCUCUGGACACACUAACAAGAAGCACGAGCGCUUCAUCAAGAGAAGGAAGUACUUGGAGAGAAGAGGUCUGCUGAAACAAAAGCAGUGCCCACCAAGGCCAAACCGUCCUGUGCCGGCUAAUAACCCAGGCCAACAGGUCAACUCAUGGGCCCAAGGCAAGAAACAAGAGCAGCAAGGUAAUACCCGGAACCAAUUUAAUAGGACGAAUACAACAAAAAGCAGCACAAACUUUAAUGGUUUCCAUCAGCAAAAAGCACCUGUAAAACAGCAAGGACAGCCGAUCCAGUUUAAUACCCGGACAGUCCAAUUCAACUCCGGGCCACAUAAUUUCCGUUUGGCUACUUUUACUCCAAAGGAAACGUCGAAGGCCAGCUACAAUGGCCCUAGUUCAUCAGAACCAGCAAGGGUGAAUGGGCAAACCUUCAACACAAAGGUCCAAAUUUUUCCAGGGCAGACCCACAACAGCAUUCUGAGUGAGUUUGACAGUGGCCUUCCCUCACUCCCUUCUACAACUGGCCCAUCUCACAAAGCCGUGGCUAUAGACUGCGAAAUGGUGGGCACUGGGCCAAAUGGAAGAAACAGCGACCUGGCCCGUUGCAGCAUUGUAAACUGGUUUGGCGAUGUGAUGUAUGACAAAUACAUUAAACCCAAAAGCCCCGUGACCGAUUAUAGGACUCGAUGGAGUGGAAUCAGAAGAGAACACCUGGUGAAUGCCAUUCCUUUUGUUGUUGCACAAAAAGAGAUACUUAAAAUCCUCAAUGGGAAGGUAGUGGUUGGACAUGCUAUCCACAAUGACUACAAGGCCCUUAAUUAUUUCCACCCCAAGGAAAUGACCCGGGAUACAUCCAAGAUCCCUCUCCUGAACCACAAGGCUGGCUUCCCGGAAAAGGAAGCCGCAUCACUUAAGCGACUCGCCAAGCAGCUUCUGCACAAAGAUAUCCAGACUGGGAGACAAGGGCAUUCAUCAGUAGAAGAUGCCAAGACCACCAUGGAACUGUACCGAGUUAUAGAAGUGGAAUGGGAGAGGAAAUUGGCAGCUGGUCAUGUUCAGCAGUGACAUGGACAUUGUCAAUAACGGGCCAGGGAUGCAUUUUGUUAUUUUCGCAGAUCUUUUGACAUAUUUAUCCUGCAAAAUAUAUUCAUAUACUGGCCUCGCAAUAAAUUGUGAACCUUG